AUGGGUGAGCCACAGCAAGUAAGCGCCCUCCCACCCCCUCCAAUGCCGUACAUCAAGGAGGAUACAGAUGAAAAUAUUCAGGAAGGCCUCGCUCCCAAGCCUCCACCUCCGAUAAAGGACAGUUACAUGAUGUUUGGCAACCAUUUCCAGUGUGAUGAUCUUAUCAUCCGCCCUUUAGAAAGUCAGGGUAUUGAACGGCUUCAUCCUAUGCAGUUUGAUCACAAGAAAGAACUGAGAAAACUCAAUAUGUCUAUCCUUAUUAAUUUCUUAGACCUCUUAGAUAUCUUGAUAAGGAGCCCCGGGAGUAUAAAACGAGAAGAGAAGCUAGAAGAUCUUAAGCUGCUUUUUGUACAUGUGCAUCAUCUCAUAAAUGAAUACCGACCCCACCAAGCAAGAGAGACCUUGAGAGUCAUGAUGGAGGUGCAGAAACGUCAGUGCCUUGAGACAGCCGAGAGGUUUCAGAAGCAUCUGGAACGAGUCGUUGAGAUGAUUCAGAAUUGCUUGGCUUCUUUGCCUGAUGAUUUGCCCCAUUCGGAAGCAGGGAUGAAAGUAAAAACUGAACCAAUGGACGCCAAUGAUAGCAGUAAUUAUGCUGGACAGGAUGAACAACAAAGAGAAAAUUCAGGUCAUAGGAGAGAUCAGAUUAUAGAGAAAGAUGCUGCCUUGUGUGUCCUAACUGAUGAAAUGAAUGAAACACCAUGA